GAGUAGCGGCACUCGAAUGGCGCGCGCGUUCUUCUAGCUGUCAUGCUGCCGUCAUUUUUUGCCACUUUUUUCCCUGCCGACGUCGGAGUCGGUUUGUUUCACGCCAAAAAUAAAGUGGAAAACUAAUCAGCAAAGUGUGUAGAACGGUGGUGUGGCAGUGUGCAUUUUCCGUUUGGCAAUUGUUUUGAACGCGGAAAGUGCUGUAUUGCCGCAGGUUGAGCGAGUAUGGCCGUGGGUGGAAACCAUUCGGUCAUCGUGCGCUAGAGCAGUGUGUGCGUGUGGGAUUGAUUUGCCGUCGCAAAAUGGUAUAAAUUUGCAGUGUUUUAUCGCCGGACAGUUUUAUCGUGAGCACAACAUAGGAAUACGAACAAAUCACAGCAGCCCAGCUUAGCCCCAUACCAGUAACAGUACCGGGUGAACGAGAGCUCUCUACUUUGGAUGCCGAACAAGCGCUCAUUUUAGAUGGCUAGCAAAGAGAACGUGAAAGCGCUGGUGGAAAUAACUGGCCUAAAGGAGGACCAAGCGACCAACCUGCUGACCGCGUACAAUGGCAACCUGGAGGGAGCGAUCAACGCGUUCUACGAGAAUCCCGAAGGCAUCCUGAACCCGGAACCGGCCGUCGUAAUCGACGACGACGACAGUGGUUCGGGACCGUCGUCCGCACCGAGCGGCCGGGCGGCCCUCGUGCACGACGACGAUGACAACGUUCGCGCUCCGAUCCCGCGCAAGACGGAGAUACUGCUGCCACAGAUCGAAAUGAACCGUGCCCGGAUCGGGAAGCGACGGGCAGCCAUCAUUACCGAGGUGCCGUUCCGCAACUUCGAACUGGAGGGCCGCAUCCAGGAGCAGAUGCUGAUGCAGCAAGACCAGGGCCCGUCGGCGAAGAAGGUGACCCGGCUCGAGGCACUGUUCAUGCCACCGUUCGAUAUACUGUUCUCCGGUGGAUUCGACCAGGCACAGCGGCACGGCAAUUCGGUCGACCGGUGGCUGCUGGUGAACUUGCAGGACGAUCUGAACUUCAGCUGCCAAACGCUGAACCGCGAUCUGUGGUCGGACGCACGGCUGAAGGAAUUCAUGCGCCAUCAUCUGGUGUUUUGGCAGCAAUCGAACAAAACGACGGACGGGGCCAAGUUUAAGACAUUUUACAAGGUCCGUUCCGAGCCGUACAUUGGCAUGAUUGACCCGCGAACAGGGGAGGAGGUGCGGAAUCUGUCCGGUAACGAUCUGUCGCCGGCGCGAUUUCUCGAAACGCUCAAAACCUUUCUGGUGGAGAACAAAUCGCCCCACGGCAAGGAGAUUAAUCUGAACCGGGCGUACCAGCUCGGCAUGGGCGGCGGCGGUCCCUCCACGUCUUCGAACGGUGGUGGAUCUGGCAAGAGUGUCACCCAGUACGGGGCCAGCAGUAGCGGUCAGGGAAGUAGCCGCAGCAGCAGCAAAGCACAGCAGUCGUCAACCAGCAGCACAGCCGCCGGAUCGAGCAGAAACCGCUGGGUUACGGUUAUCGAUGACGAUGAGGAUGAUUUUCAGGAGAUUACGGACAGUGAAAGUGACAGUGAGGAAAACGACCGGCCACCACGGCCAACCGGCAGCAGCAGCAGCAGCAGCAAACUCGCCGCCGACGUUCCGAAAGCGGGCUCAUCAGCACCCGCCUCGCCUCACAAACAGAAGGAAGCACCAGCAACGGAACAAGCAAAGAGCACAAACGCGCCGUCAACCAAGCGCAGCGACGAAGAACCGGCACAACAUCCCUGGGAAAAGGAUGACCGAAGUCUUCCGACGCUCGAGGACGAGCCGGCUGCGCCGGUGCUUAGUUCCGAUUCGGAAUCAAGCCUGGCGCCGGAUCAGAAAACGCGCAUCCUGCUGAAAAUGCCGGGCAACGUGACGGAGCGACUGUUCUUCCGAAGUUCCCGCACGCUCGAGCAAGCGAUCGCGAAGCUGCGGCAGAAGUACGAGCAGCACUGCCGCCCCACGGACGCGACGGUGGAUGUGCGAUUCUUCUGCCAGGCCAUCAAGUCGGAUCUGGCUGUGCUGGACACUUCGAAAACGCUGCUGGAGCUCAAGAUUCACCCGAACGCUGUGAUUCACGUAACGACGGACGAUUAGAGUGCGGCAGGCAGGGCCGCGUUUGUGCUGUGCGUGCAUUAUGUGUAUUGUGGAAAUGUAAUAUCACGCUGCAGAUAGCAUUACAACCACCAUCCCCUUCUUCUUUUUCUCAGUCUCCCUACUUCCUUCUGGAAGCGCUUCCCCACUUUCCCUUCCUCGCUCAUGCAUUGUUCCAGCCCUGGGGCCCGUGUGCCGUCUUUUACAGUUAAGAGAGACUACAGGACGUGUAAAUGAUGGAAUUUUAAUGUACCGUGUACUUGAAAAUAAAUUAAACGUAUUAGAA